UAUUUUAAAAUAAUGUUCUAAAUUACAGGUAUUCAGUGACUCUCUCACCAUCGAAAAUGUAAAACAUUAGAAGUAAGAGGCAGACAUACAGAAAGAAACAGCCAGUGAGCCUAGAAUUCCAAGACUAGGAAAUAGAACCAGUCAGUCAUGACGCAGGCACCGACGUCUAACGACGCGUGUCUGAGUAUCGUGCACAGUCUUAUGUGUCAUCGCCAGGGUGGGGAGAGUGAGAGCUUCGCCAAGCGUGCCAUCGAAAGUCUGGUAAAAAAAUUAAAGGAGAAGAGGGACGAAUUGGACAGUCUCAUUACGGCCAUAACCACCAGCGGGGCCCACUCCACCAAGUGUGUGACCAUACAGCGCACACUAGACGGGAGACUGCAGGUCGCAGGACGUAAGGGUUUCCCUCACGUGAUUUACGCGCGGAUCUGGAGAUGGCCAGACCUCCACAAGAAUGAACUGAAGCACUGCAAGUUCUGUCACUACGCCUUCGACCUCAAACAGGACAGCGUGUGUGUCAAUCCUUACCACUACGAGAGGGUGGUGUCUCCUGGGAUAGAUUUGUCUGGACUCAAUAUCCAACAUGCAGCCCCGCCCUCUCGCCUUGUUAAGGACGAGUAUGGUAACGAGAUCGGGAUGAGCAUGUCGAGUUCUGAGGAAGUCUCACAAACAGUACAGCAUCCUCCUCAGAGCGAGUUCGCUCGGAUCCUGACGUCCGGCGGCAUGGGUCAAGGGUCAUCCGGCCCUCAGUCGACUGUACCACAGCACCCUCACACAGCAGGACCAGCUAUUUCAAGCCCCUUGGGGCGGGGCCCCAGUGCCCCCAACACCCCCCUACAUAAUCCAAUGUCCCCCCAGGCCAAUCCUUUAUCGCCACAGGCACAAUCAGCAGCAGCCAGUGCCAUGUCUCACGGUCUGCCCUCACCGAUGGGGGAGGGAUUUGGGGCUCAGGUGUCCUCUCACGUCUCACAAUCACCGACAUUAUCCAACAUCAGCGCAUUUCCCCCACGCAGUUCUAUGGCCGCUACAGCGACCUGGGUGGGAAAUAACACAGCAACAUAUACCUCUUCACAGGAUCCUCAAUUCUGGAACAACAAUCACAUGCAGUCAUCUGAUGUGCAGUCCUUACCUCCCCUUACCAACCAAAACCCCCCUGAGUUUUGGUGUACCAUUACGUACUUUGAGCUAGACCAGCAGGUUGGUGAGACGUUUAAGGUCCCAUACAGUUAUGCUCGAGUGACCGUGGACGGUUACACCGACCCAUCCAGUCUAGACCGGUUCUGUCUGGGUCAGCUGUCCAACGUCCACCGCACAGAAACCAGCGACAAAGCCAGGUUACACAUAGGUAAAGGUGUACAGCUGGACUACAAUGGGGAGGGGGAUGUGUGGAUCCGGUGUGUCAGUGACCACAGUGUGUUUGUCCAGUCUUACUACCUUGACAGAGAGGCAGGGAGACAGCCGGGGGACGCGGUCCACAAAAUCUACCCCAGCGCCUAUAUAAAGGUGUUUGACAUACGUCAAUGUCACAGACAGAUGCAGGAACAGGCCGCCACGGCUCAGGCGGCAGCAGCAGCUCAGGCCGCCGCGGUAGCAGGAAACGUCCCAGGACCCGCUUCUGUAGGGGGUAUUGCUCCAGCUGUCGGCCUGAGUGCGGCAGCAGGGAUUGGGGUGGACGAUCUGAGAAGACUGUGUAUAUUACGUCUGAGCUUUGUGAAAGGCUGGGGACCGGACUACCCCAGACACAGUAUAAAGGAGACACCCUGCUGGAUUGAGGUACAGCUGCACCGACCACUACAGCUCCUAGAUGAGGUCCUACAGACCAUGCCCAUAAACGAACCCCGACCCCGAGGGUUCUUCCUCGGUUGAUUGACCUUUGAUUGACCUUUUGACCCAGGGAGUCCUGACAGCAUUUCUCUAUGUUUGUGUAUCCUCUGCGUUUUUAUAAAAUCGACAUCAGUGGUGUUGUUUGUUGACAUCCAACUGUUCUUACUCUGUUGUUCUGUGGGGAUGUUUUUAUAUAUAUUGUGCUGUUACAUGCUUUUCAUCGAAAAGUUCAUUCAUGCACUUAUCACUGUUAUUUAAAAUCACCUAUGAAGAGAUUACACCAGAUACAGUGAUUAAAACUCAUCAUAGUUAAUGAUCAGGGGUUGUACCAAAGCUUUUUCCUGACAUCUUGGCAUCCUGAGAAUAUUAUCAAGAGCACAGUGGACCUGAUAACUUUAUAUACAAGUGAUGUACAUGUAUUAGAAUUGGUGAAAUGUCCCCUUUUAUAUAUCUCAGGUUGUAACCACAGACUGCCAAAGUUGCACUUCAGAUUUUUCUGUUAGAAAACUUUGUUUAACUCUUGAAUAGAUUUCUUUUUAUGGUCACUUAUUCACUACUCGGUAAUUUUUAUCAGUCCCAAUUUGGAGAAUGUAAAAAGAGUCAGUGUUAGAUAAAAUGGGGGAGGGGGAAGACCAU